UACGCUUGUCAUUUUUGUGUGGAAGAGUGGGCCAUUUCAGUGGAGUCGCAGAUUGUUUUAGAAAUAAAAAUAAAUAAAAUUAUACAUAGAAAUGGCUGAAUCGGUGACCGAACUUCCUAUAUCGGUGGAGGAAAGUGUGGUAGAGGCGGUACAAAACUGUACAGCGAAACCCCCGACAAGUAUCGAAGGUGUUGCGAUUGCAUACUUAAGUUUAGUUAUAAUGGCUGUUUUACCCAUAUUCUUUGGAUCAUUUCGGUCCGUGAAGUAUCUGAAGGAGCAGAAGGAUGCUGGUGAAAAACCGGAGACUAUGUCCAAUAAGGAUGCUCUGAUGUUUCCAGUGUUUGCGUCCGGUGCUCUAUUUGGUCUUUACCUCUUCUUCCAAUUCUUCUCCAAAGAGUACAUCAAUCUUUUGUUGACGGGCUACUUCUUCUUUCUGGGUGUACUCGCUUUGAGCCAUCUAUUGAGUCCCAUCAUCUCGUUGGUGGUGCCAGCCUCAAUACCGAACACGCCAUACCACAUUCUCUUCACCCGCGGUGAGAGAGAUGGUUCCAGUGACAUUGUCAAUUACAAGUUUACGUCGUAUGAUGUCAUCUGUUUGAUAAUUUCCUUGAUCAUGGGCGCCUGGUAUUUGUUGAAAAAGCACUGGAUCGCCAACAACCUGUUCGGUAUCGCGUUCGCCAUCAACGGUGUUGAGCUCCUCCACCUGAACAACGUGGUCACCGGGUGCAUCCUGCUCUGCGGACUGUUCCUCUACGAUAUAUUCUGGGUGUUCGGUACCAACGUCAUGGUGACCGUAGCCAAGUCCUUCGAAGCGCCUAUUAAACUGGUGUUCCCCCAGGAUCUGCUUGUUAACGGCCUAAACGCGAGCAACUUCGCCAUGCUCGGGCUCGGUGAUAUUGUUGUCCCCGGUAUCUUCAUCGCUCUCCUGCUAAGGUUCGACAAGAGCCUGAAGCGAGGCUCCGAGUUCUACUUCAGGGCCACCUUCUCCGCAUACAUCCUGGGGCUGCUGGCCACCAUUCUGGUGAUGCACGUCUUCAAGCAUGCCCAGCCAGCGCUGUUGUAUUUGGUGCCCGCUUGCCUGGGUACCCCGUUGACCCUGGCUCUGCUGAGAGGAGAUAUCAAUGCGCUGUUCAACUACGAAGAUCAGCCGGUCGAGAAAGAGGCAACCCCCACUGAAGGCAGCAAAACUGUAAAGGCUGAUUAGAGACUUCAAUUACAGGGUUCAAGCACAAAUGUUUCUAGCACACUCUAUUAGGUACAAAAACGUUUUUUCUGGGGGACCAGAGGCUAAGACGUAUGUCGAAACGAUAACGAAGUUGAAAUGUUUAAAUUCGGAUGCUGGUAAUGUAUACUUGUGACUUCUCUGUUUUUGUCCAAUGACGAAGAAAGCUCGUAAAAAAAGUUUUUUCAAACUACGUUAUCGUUUUUAUAUAGUUUUUUUGUCUAAGGGCUGAAGGCUAUGUGUGCCCUAUUGGUUAAGGUACCUCCGCAUUUAUUCUUCCAUUGGUGCAUGAAAAGUUUUUUAUCUAUGACAAAAUAGAUCUGUCUGUAAGUUUUCGCUGUCACUUCUUAUUCCAUUUUUGAAUAAGUUUUUUUUUUUUUUUUGUAAAAAGAACGCAUUUGUUACUCAACAAAAUUUUUAGUUUUUUUUUUUUAUGUUACAAGACAACUAUUUUUCUCGUAACUUCUUAGCAGGUACUUAAAAGCCACUUGUUACCAUUAAAUAUCGACGGAAAAGCAUUUUAUGGCGUUUUCAUUGUAUACAAUAUUAUGUAUCAACAUAUUUUUACUUUAUUGAGUACAUUUUUCACUUUUCAGUGAAACUUUAUUUUUUGCAAUGUGCUUAUUUUAUAGCCAUUAUUAUUUGUAUAUAAUGUAUGCCAACCAGAAUAAUUAUGUAUUAAUAAAAAUAAACUAUUGAAGCUAUAGUCUCAUCCUUUUCUGUCAAGUGACUUUACCAAUAUGUCAGGUAAAGACGGACAACAUAGCUCAAUUGUUUAAAUGUUUUCAUUAAGAUUCCACUAGAUAUAUAUAAAUUUUACAAAAUUAUGUUCAUUAAUGGAAAUAAAAUAUGCUUAAGGUGAUUCGAAACUUUGACGGUUUAUUUUCUGUACAGUAAGGUUGUAUUAGUUUAUAUUUGCAAUGUUAUAUAAAAGAAUGUCCCAGAAUCAACAUUACAUAAUUUUAAUAAUAUGAUAAAUUAAUAUAUUGGCUGGCUAGUAAUGUUAAUUCUUUUCCACUUUUAUAUAAUUUGUGAUACAUCUACCCCGAGUACAAUUUUCCCAAGAAGGGUACUUAUAAACAAAUCACAAAAAACCGCCAACUUGAGGGUAGAAUUAAAAAUGGCAGGUUUGCCGCUUUAGUCUAUAAUUGUCUAUGGUGUUUCAAUCUAAAUUAUGUUUGUGUAAAUUUAAGAGGAAAUGUAUAUAUUUUGUGAGCUAAAGUUGAAUUAUAUUAUUUUUUAUUUUA